AUGGACGACGGAUUAACGAACGCGUCGCGUGCGUUCGCAGCACAGAACGGCGUGGGCGCGAAAGGUGACCACGACGAUGGCGACGCGGAUGAUGUGAUUGUAACGGUGGACCCUCUCCGUGUGAAGCGCGCGUGCGGCAGAUGGACGUCACCGGCAGCGAGGACCACGUGCUGUACGUGCCACGUCACCCUCUUCCCUCUUUCCCCCCGCUUCUCCCCCCUCCCCACAACACCGACCCGCCCGAGGGAGAGCGCAUGCUGGCGCUUCUGGCGCAGCUGGACAGUGCGCGCGCGCGCGCAGCACAGAGGAAGGGCGCGCGGGGGGGGAAGGGGGGCCGGAAACGGCGGGACAGGGGGGAGGCGGAUGGGGAUGCUGGCGGGGACGAGAAUGAACGGGAGAAGGGGAGGAAAGGGGAGGGAGGGGGAGGGAGGACUUGAAAGGAGGUGGGGGAAAGGCAGCAGCGCAGGGGGAGCUGGGGGGAAGGCAGUGGCGGAGGCACAUGGGGAGUGGGCGUGGCAGGGGGUGAUGUCACAGCUGACGUCAGCACAGGAGGAGCUGAGGGUGAUAGUGGAUCUGGUGAAUGCGGUUGAGAGCGGUGCAGAGGGGCUGGCUGUGAGUGGCGUGUCGAAGCCAAAGCAGCAUGCAGCAGAGAUGAGCUCCGAGCUCACAGCCCGGCUGGCAGGCAAACUCACGCUGACGCUGAG